AAAAACCAGAAAAUCAUCUCCAUCCUUCUACUAGGCUUCCCUGUAUGUAGAGCUAAAGCUAAUGCAGGAAACUGCAACAAGAACAACGGUGGAGUUAAGCAAUGGAGAGAGGAAAAUUGAACUGCUUGAAGCUCAGGCUUAUAUAUGGAAUCACAUAUUCAACUUCAUAAAAUCCAUGUCACUGAAAUGUGCAGUUGAGCUUGGGAUACCGGAUAUCAUCCAUAGCCAUGGCCAACCCAUGACUCUUUCUGAGCUCAUUUCUGCACUACAAAUCCACCCAUCAAAAUCCCACCAUGUCUAUCGUCUUAUGCGUAUUCUUGUCCAUUCAGGCUUCUUUUCUCUGCAGAAACUUGAUGAUAAUCGCCAAGAAGACGGCUACUUGCUUACCCAAUCUUGUCUCCUCCUCCUCAAGGACAACCCCCUGAGUGCUAGACCAUACUUACUCGCCGUGCUUGAUCCUAUUCUUACAAAACCGUGGCAUUUCUUGAGCUCUUGGUUCCAAAAUGAUGAUCCCACUCCAUUCAGUAUUGCACAUGGGAAAACAUUUUGGGAUCUUGCCAGUGAUGAAGCUAGGUUUAAUCGUUUCUUUAACGAAGCCAUGGCUAGCGAUAGCUCACUGGUUAGUGAAGUGGUGAUUAAUAAUAGCAAGUGUAAGGAGGUGUUCAAGGGCCUGAAUUCGCUUGUUGAUGUGGAAGGCAACACGGGAACUAUGGCCAAGGCCAUUGCUGAAACAUUCCCAAACUUGAAGUGCACUGUGUUAGAUCUCCCACAUGUGGUUGCUGGUUUGCAGAACGACAAGAACUUGAAUUUUCUUGGAGGAGACAUGUUUGAGUAUAUUCCUCCAGCAGAUGCAGUCCUGCUAACGAUGAUAUUUCACAUAUUGGAUGAUGAAGAGUGCCUUAAGUUACUGAAGAAAUGCAAGGAGGCAAUAAAGAAUAACUGUGAGAGGUCAGGGAAGGUGAUAAUCAUAGACACAGUAAUGGAGGACCGAAAUUGGGUGAAGCAAUCAACUGAAACCAUACAGCUUUAUGACCUGGAAAUGCUGGUGCUGGUCUCUGGUCAGGAGAGGAACGAAAAAGAAUGGGCCAAACUAUUUUUUGAUGCAGGAUUCAGCAGCUAUAAAAUAAAUCCUGUUCUUGGCCUAAGAUCUAUCAUUGAGGUUUAUCCUUGAAUAUCUUAUUGUCUCUAAUAAAAUUAAUUUUACCCUUGUAUUAAUUUCCAUCUAAGAACAAUAAUUGUAUGAUUUAAAAAAAAUAAUAUAUAUAUAGAUAUGGCAAUCAGUUGUGC